AUGCGAGGGUGUUGCGUACGGGGGGUUCAGAGCCUGGGAUUGUGGUUGGCGUGGACGUUGUUGGAUUGCAUCCCGGAAUGCUGCGCAUCUCUGGAUGGUGCGUCUCUGAAUGGCGCCUCGGUGAAUGGUGAAAUGGCACGCGAAGAGAGUUGUGGAGUGGCGCCUAUGCGGUGGCAUUACCGACUAGAGCUGGGUCCGGAGAGGGGGAUGUCGUUACGUCUGUUCUUGGCGGUAGCAUUGCAGUGUCUGGAUCAGGUGGUGGGUCGACACAUGUGGUUGGUAUCGCCAGACCAGAUUCAGUUUCGGGAGAACACAGCACGCGUGUGGGUGCGUUUACAUGACGACCGGAGGUAUUGGAAGCGGCCAGAUGCGGGUGAUGAGGAUGUGUUGGAAGAGUGCCGUUUGAUAGCGAUGCAGUCGGCGUUGUUGGAAUUGGCGCAGAUGGGUGGUGUGAAUCAGACGGCCGGAUUCUGGGCUGCCCCGGACUACCAGCAGGAAGAUUUCGUGGAGUGGUUGACUGGUGCGACCACGUUCCCGGAGUUGUAUUUGGCCCUCGUGCACUCCUUUGUGGAACAAUUGGCCCCAGCCAACUACCGGACGGACAACGCGUCGUGGCAGAGACUGAAUGACGCGGACGUCCGCGCCCGCGCCUACCGUUACCAGCACUGGCAUGGCGUCUGUCGGCCCAUGCUCGAACGUCAUGGUGCCAAGGUUGGUGUGGCCCGGGUGCAUCCUGCCCUCUAUGUCUGUGAACGUUGCGUCCCGCGCCUUCUAAACUCUCUAGCCAUGCCUGGCAGUCUGACUAGCGGCUGGGCUCCCCCUGGCUCCUGGGUCGUAGACGCCUGGCGAAAGGAAACAGAGUUUGCCGCUGCAGGGGUACGACAGCAAGCGAUGGACGCCGCAGUCGGUGUGGCCAAGUUGCCUUGGGCGGCCACUUGGAAUGCAACCUGGGAAUACUGGCGCGACGCGCCCAACGUGGAAACGCGUGUGUGUAACGCCGUAGACGAACGCAUCAGGCUCCACACAGUCGUCAGUUUGCGCAACUUGGUCGCCAACUAUCGACUCACCCGCCCACUCGUGGACAGCCUUCAGCGCGAUGCUCGCUCUUACUGCAAAAGAGCGGCACGCAUCGCCCAUUCUCGCGGCAUCCGACCAAACACAGGAUGGUUUGUAGGCUGCUACGACCAGGCCUACGUCACACUUGAACUCGGCGUGCCCAACCACCGACUCACCGACUGUUUCAGAGGGCGACCACGACCGGUCAAAAUUAAGUCCAAACUUCGCCUUCUCCUAACACCUGACUGUCUCAAAGCGCCUACUGAAGAGGACGCCGAAAAAAGGGAAGCUGCUUUCUUCCGUAAAGUGCGAUAUGAUGCAGGUUGUCACGAACAAAUACUUUUCCAAGAAGAAGUCCACACCGUGCGCUGCUAG